GAUCAGGAGGAGAAGGAGGAGAAGCGGCAGACGACAGUGGCGGUUCUGUCGCUUGGGGCCAUACUCUUCCUUACAGCCCUCGACGUAACCAUCAUCUCGACCGCAGUCCCGCGCAUCGCCGACGAGUUCGGGUCCGCGCUGGGUUACACGUGGGUGGGGAGCGCCUAUGUGCUGGCUCACGCGGCCGUUGUCCCCGUGUGGGGCCGCAUGUCCGACAUCUUCGGCCGUAAGCCCGUCGUGCUCGCCGCUCUCGCCGCGUUUGCCCUCGGCUCCCUGCUGUGCGGCGUCGCCGUGUCGAUGGCCAUGCUCUUGGCUGGUCGUGCCGCUCAGGGCGUCGGCGCCGGCGGUGUGCUUACUUUGGUGUAUGUGUGUAUUUCCGACCUCUUUUUGCUGCGCGACCGCCCCUUUUACUUCGGUGUCAUGGGUCUGGUCUGGGUGCUUGCGUCUGCCAUAGGACCUGUCUUGGGUGGUGUUUUCACUGGCCUUUUGACUUGGAGAUGGUGUUUCUAUAUCAAUCUCCCCAUCUGCGCCAUCGGGUUCAUCGCAAUCCCGUUGGCCCUCAAGUUAGACAACCACCGGACGCCUCUUCGGCAAGGCCUUUUAGCUAUCGACUGGAUUGGGAGCUCUACCGUCGUCGGCGGCACCAUCGUCCUCCUGCUCGGCCUCGAGCUAGGGUCUGUCACCGGUCGGUGGAACUCGCCUAUAGUUCUUGGCCUCGUACUGUCAGGCGUCUCCCUGCUUGGCCUCGCCUGUGUCCAUUUCUCACUCCCCCGACUCACACGUACACGAUACCCCCUGAUCCCCCUCAGCCUCUUUGCAAACCGCUCCAACUGCGCAGCAUUUGGGGUAGCCUUCAUGCACGGUUUCGUCCUCAUCUCAGCAAGCUACUGGCUCCCCCUCUACUUCCAGGCCGUGCUGGGCGCCACCGCGUUCCAGUCUGGCGUCUAUCUGCUCCCCUAUGCUCUAUCGCUAUCCCUAACAUCGGCCGCAGCCGGCUGGGCUAUCCGGAAAACAGGGAGCUACCUAUGGCUAGUCAUCAGCGCCAUGGCGGUAACAGUGCUGGGCUUCGGGUUACUGGUAGAUCUGAGCCUGGAACCGACUAUCCCGAUUAAAGCGAUUCUCUACCAGCUCGUGGCUGGCGCGGGCAUCGGCCCCAACUCCCAAGCCACGCUCAUAGCAAUCCAGACGGCCAUCCCGCCCCAGGAGACGGCAGCGGCAACUUCGAUGUUCAUCUUCACGCGACAGAUGGCCACGGCUAUAUCCAUCGUCAUUGGUGGUGCCGUAUUCAGCAGCGAAAUGCAGCGCCAGUCAGAGGCUAUUGCAGCCGCCUUUGGCCCCGGGUCGGACCUGGCCGAUAUGCUUUCGGGACGCCAUGCGGCGGCGAACGCUGGGCGUGUUGCACAGCUGGUAGGUGAUGAGGGCGAUGUAGCCCGCGAAGCAUACAGUAUUGCCUUACGGCACAUGCGUAUCGUGUACGCCGCCUGUGCGGGGGCUGGCUUGCUUUUGAGCGUGUUUAUCCGUCAUCGGAGGCUUAGUGAAGAAGAACCUGAACAU